CGAAUCAAGAGUGCAUCGCGAUGCAGUUUCUGAAACGAAGUUUCUAUUCGGUUUAGAAAAAACAAAACUCAUUCUCUUGCCGAUCGUUUCGUUACUCUGUUGAUGGUGCCGCUUGUUCUCGGCUCGGCAGGCCGUGUAAUUGUGUAUCAGUGAUAAAAACCAACGAUGAAGUGCGUUUCCUCACCGUGCUAAACUGAUUAUAUUGAUAGUAUUCUAGUGAUCAAAAGUGUCUGCUACUUGCUACAAAGUGUAGAAUUGCGAAGUUAUUUUCACCGUGAGAAAGACGUGGCCUCGGGCCAGUUCAAAGUACGAUGCAGCCUCCGCUACAAUUUUGCCCGACCAAUGUGUCGAUGUCGGUCAUCUGGUUUAACCAUGGCAUCUCGCAGUGCUUUCUGGAUACCGUAUCUGCAGCUACGAUCGGUGGCUUUCUGCUACUCUUUGGUACCAUCCAGUUGAUUAUGUACCGACGCUACGGCACCGAAACCAACCCAUCGCAGAUCGGUCCCUCUAAGAUGUACAAUUUUCAGCUGUUUCUGUUGGUGCUGCUACCGCUGCUAGCUGUAGUACGGUUUAUUCUGGAAGGAUUUGUAUAUGAGGACGCUCAAGUGUACGGAUUCAUGAUCUUCUCGGUGUGCGUUAUCCUGUUUAUGUAUCCAUAUUCUAUUCUACUACUGGUGAAGGAACGGUAUUACUUGCUACCGUCGGUUCCAACCCGUGGUCAUGGUUUGGUUCUACUAAUGUUCUGGACAUUACUGUUCAUUGCUCAAAACCUAUUGUUCGUUAAUCUCAAUUACGAAAAAGCGUGGUUCCAUCUCAGUACCGUGAAGGAUAAAAUCGAAUUUACUCUGUUCGUGCUACGCUACACGGCCACUCUAUUUGUCUUUGUGAUCGGUCUUAAGGCACCGGCAAUUACCUCUGUCCAGCUUGGUGACGAGUAUCAAAACCUUCCGGAGGAGCAAGAAAAUCGAUCAACUUUUCGGAAUGGAAUACAGAAAAUGCGUACACUGAUGCCCUUUCUAUGGCCUAAAAAGGACGUCAUGCUGCAGAUUCGCGUCCUAGUCUGCUUCGGUUUACUUCUGGGCGGUCGCGUCAUCAAUCUGUACGUUCAGAUCUAUAACAUGAAGAUCGUUGACAGCCUAUCGAAGCAGCCGGUCGAUUUCCGCUGGGACUGGAUCCUUUUGUACGUUGGCUUCAAGUUUCUACAGGGCGGCGGAACCGGUUCUAUGGGAUUGCUGAAUAAUUUGCGGAGUUUCCUGUGGAUUCGAAUCCAGCAGUACACUACGCGGGAAAUUGAGGUGGAACUGUUUGCCCAUCUGCACAGUUUGUCGCUGCGCUGGCACCUGAAUCGUAAAACCGGUGAGGUGCUACGUGUGAUGGAUCGCGGCACCGAUAGUAUCAACAAUCUGCUGAACUACAUUUUGUUCUCGAUUACACCGACUAUUGUGGACAUUCUCGUUGCGGUUAUAUUCUUCGUUUUGGCGUUCAACUGGUGGUUCGGAUUGAUCGUGUUUGUCACGAUGGCGUUGUAUAUUGCGGCUACCAUCAUGGUGACAGAAUGGCGCACCAAGUUCCAGCGACGUAUGAACCUAGCGGACAACGAUCAGAAAGCACGUAGUGUCGAUUCGCUGUUGAACUUUGAAACCGUCAAAUACUACGGUGCCGAGAAGUACGAAGUGGAUUGCUACCGAGCAGCUAUCCUGAAAUUCCAGGCUGAAGAGUGGCGUUCCUCGAUUACCCUCAACAUCCUCAACACGAUGCAAAAUGUCGUCGUGUGUGUGGGUUUACUGGCGGGCUCACUGCUGUGCGCCUAUUUGGUCGUAUACGAAGAGGGCCUAACGGUUGGUAGUUAUGUUCUGUUUGCCAGUUACAUCAUCCAGCUAUACGUACCACUGAACUGGUUCGGGACAUUCUACAGAGCUAUUCAGAAGAAUUUCGUCGACAUGGAAAACAUGUUCGAUCUGAUGCACGAGGAUCAGGAAAUAAUUGACGCUCCCGGUGCUGAUGCGUUGGCAGUCAUCCGAGGUGGUUCUAUUGAUUUUUCAGAUGUCACCUUCGGCUACACCCCGGAGCGGUUUGUAUUACGCAAUGUUAACUUUACGGUUCCGGCGGGUAAAACGGUAGCCAUCGUUGGCCCAUCCGGUGCGGGCAAGAGUACGAUCAUGCGUUUACUGUUCCGUUUCUACGAUGUCGAAAGUGGAUCUAUUUUUAUUGAUGGUCAAAACAUAAAAACAGUCAAGCAGGCUUCGCUCAGGAAAGCCAUUGGUGUUGUUCCCCAGGACACGGUACUGUUCAACAACACUAUCAAGUACAACAUUCAGUAUGGUCGAGUAGAUGCCCCGGAUGUGGAUGUGAUAUUGGCUGCAAAGAGUGCCGACAUCCAUGACAAGAUUCUUACCUUCCCUGAACAGUACGACACCCAGGUGGGUGAACGGGGUCUUCGGUUGAGUGGGGGUGAAAAACAACGAGUGGCCAUCGCGCGUACCAUACUCAAGUCGCCAUUCAUUGUACUGUUGGAUGAAGCGACCAGUGCGUUAGAUACCCAGACCGAACGGAACAUUCAAUCGGCACUGGCAAAGGUCUGUGCUAACCGUACGACACUUGUCAUUGCGCAUCGUCUGUCGACAAUCAUUCAUUCGGAUGAGAUUCUAGUCCUGAAAGAUGGUAUAAUCGUCGAGCGUGGUCAGCACGAAUCGCUGCUCGAAAGGCAAGGCGUUUAUGCUGAUAUGUGGAAUCAGCAGUUGAAGAACUUGGACUCGGGAAAUGGUAAACAGACGCAGCAGGCGCUGAAUAAUGGCACUAUGGUAGGAGGACCAAUCACGAACAACCCUCCAGCUGCGCCUGUUAACCAUGGUCAUCAUCACCAUCAUUAGAAGACUGUAGAUUCGUAUGUAAAACGUGCGAAGUAUUUGUUUAUUGGAAGCUAUUUUUCCAAAGGAUGGACAGUUCGGUUGAGUUUAUCUGUUGAAUGUGGAUGUUUCAAGUAACAAAAUUCCUAAAGUUGACGGACGCACUAAAAGCAUUGUGCCUGCUAGGUGGAUCAAUUAUUAUAUUACUAGAUAUGUGAAUUGCAGGUUUUUAUCUUCGUACGGCGAUAGUGACCUUAUAGUUAAGAGUGAUGUACAAAGAAAUCUGGCCGAGGGUCGAAAUUAAAUAUCUGUUUGAGAGUAGUUUUACUACAUACUUCAUAGUUAACUUAUUAUGCACUACUUUGUUUAUUUCACUUUGAAUGUGAAUAGUGUAUGGAGUGAACAAUAUA